UGUGUUGUUGAUGAAACGAAAAUAUUGUGUCAAGAGUUUUUGUUUUAGUGAGUAAACAUAUAAUAUAUUUCAAACGUUCACCUGACUUGUCAAAAUGAAAUUUAACACAUCAAUUUUUAUAUGUUUAUUUUUUUCUGCUAUAAUUGCCAUUAAGGCAAAUGAUAUUGAAGAUGUCGAAAAUUCGAUCGAGUAUGGCAACACCGAUACUCAACCUGAGGUUGAGGAAAAUGAACAGGGGGUCGAAGAAGGGACGAACAACCAGCCGCAAGAAAUCCAAGAGGCCGCUUUUGAGUUCAAACCUAGCAAACGGCUGCAAGAGAUGGAGAAUAACAUGUCGAAUAGCUCUAAAGCAUUUGUCGGGGAUGGGAAGGUGAAGAAGACCCUGACUGACACAUACAAAACAACGAUGGCCACAGAUGUGGCCAAAGCCGGAUUUGAUAACGCAAAUCACCAGUGGCUGCUGAUGCUCGAGGGCCCGGAAGCAUCUCGGGUGUUCGGCACAUUCGGCAAGAACUUCAACACUAUUGUCACGUCCACCGGCGGCGUGGACAUGAUCAACAUGCUGGCCACCACCGUGCACGUGCUGUUAGCCAAGGCCGGUGAGGAGAAGAUGAGCUCAAAGCUCAGCGACAUCAUGUCGAUGACGUACUCACUGUUCACGUCUCCCAAUAUGCCUGAGAUUGUUAACAAGACCGGUGGGCUGGUAAUCACUGCAGUGAACAAACCCGGUGCUGCGUUGUUCACCAAAACGUACUGGACUGAGGUUAAGAAACUCUUGACCGAGAAGAAUCUCAAUCAAAAACUGAAGAAGUAUUUCGCCAACUUAAUGUCCAUGAUGAAAUCUUUAAGGGGAAUGAUGCAUGUCCCCAAACAAUUGAAACGUAGACGCACUAUCGCGUAGUAAUAAUAUUAUAUACAUCAUUCACAUGUACAAUUAUAAUAGGUACAUAUAUACAUUUACAAACGGUAUACUUAACUACAUAAUAUAUAAUUUAUAUAAUAGUGUGGCAUCGUACUUUAACACAUAACACCACCACGACCUAAUACACGGCAUGUCACCCCGUUUGUACUUUGUUAUAAUAAUACAAUUACUAUUAUAAUUAUUACUACUACUAUUAUUAUAUUAUAAUAUA